AUGGGUACCGGAGUGCGUUCGUUACUGCCAUCGUUGGUGCUGCUGUUGUUUCUGUGCGGGUCGCUGUUAGAUGUUUCGCGGGUGUUUGCCUCCGAAGAGGAACUUCCAGUAUGGGAUUCAGUGCGCCUUUGCGACAUUCCAAACGAGGAAGCUCCGGGCGAAUGUCGGCCACCGGGUGAGUGUGCGGCGUAUGGAAAGAUCAACGAUGUGUCCAGCCUUAGCUCGAUUACACGCUUCAGCUUUAUCAAACAGAUCCAGUGCAACGGUUCGGAGCCGGUGCCGUAUGUGUGCUGUCCGCGCAACAGCCAUUCCUACCGUGAACCGUAUGUGAAUGAGACCGUUGCAUCAAAAAAUCGUAUUUCGAGUCGGACGUCUUUCAAUCCCGAUGCGUGUGGGAUCCAGACAACCGUGUUGAAAAUUCGGGGUGGUCAGCUGGCCGAGCUGGAUGAAUUUCCCUGGAUGGCGAUGCUGCUGUACGAGCGUGAGCAUAAUGCGGUGGCGCAAGGUUGCGGAGGCGCUCUGAUCAGUCGGACCUACGUGCUGACGGCGGCACACUGCGUGACCGGAAGGAACUUCGAGCAGCAAAAGGGACGCCUAAAGUUUGUCCGCCUGCGGGAGUACAACAUCCACACCAAUCCCGACUGCGUGUACGAGAACAACCUGAAGGAUUGCUCGGACGACAUGAUUGAUCUCGAGCCGAAAGCGGUCAUUCCACAUCCUGAGUAUAACUCAGACUCGUCAAACCAGCAGCACGACAUAGCGCUGAUUAGGAUCGAGCAGACACCACCGUUCGGUGACUUUUUGCGUGCGAUCUGUCUCCCGACGCAGAACUACAAUGGCACUUCCAAAAAUCCGCUAAGCGUGUCCGGCUGGGGGCGGACGGAUAUAUUUAAAAACGAUCUAGGUCCAAACGUACUCAGUCCAAUCAAGCUGAAGCUGAGCCUGCCGUACGUUGAGCGCAAUUCGUGCAGCAAGGCGUUCCAACCGUGGAAGUUCAUGCUCGGUCCGGGUCAGAUCUGUGCUGGAGGAGAGCAUGAGAAGGACACUUGCUCCGGUGACAGUGGGUCACCACUGAUGAGCUAUGACGUUAAACGGGCUGUGUGGACCAUAACGGGCAUCGUGAGUCUGGGGGUGCGCGAUUGCGGCGUGGCAGGGUUGCCGGGAGUCUACACGUACGUUCACCACUAUCUCCCAUGGAUACGGUCGUACGUGCCGGAGAUAACCAAGGAAGAUUAA